AUGUUGACCUUUGCCUUUCUGCGUUUGUUCCUUCUAAUGGCGGUUUACCACGCGGUAGUGGUAUCAAACAGUUCAAGCACGGACGAUCCAUCAACAACAGACGUCCCUUCAUCAACAGACAACUCAGCAACCUCAGAAGAGUCCUCAAUGGCUCCAGAGUCGAGCACUUCUGAAACAAUGACGACGACUGCUGCCCCUCAGCCCAACAACCGAAUCUGUCCAGGCAAUUCAGGAAUGAUUGACUCUACAAGAGUAACGGCAAAAUCUGCUCACAAUUAUCGCAGACUAGCAAGAGGACAAGUAGCA